CUCAAUUAAAAUCAAAUCUAAAUUCGCUCUGGUUUAUCACUUAAACGGCAUAACCAAACUAUUUCAUUCGCUCGAAAUCCAAACCAAAUAAAUUGAUUCUUAUUUUCCUGAUUACUCUUUUCUCCUUUCGCGGUUGAGAUUUUAUGAUCUUUCCGAACGAAAUCAAGCAUUCCGACGUCCGUACACUAUCCGGCGCUGCUUAAACCGUCUCUCGUCGCCUGUCUGAUCUGUUAUCUUCUCUACUCUCCGGUGUCGUUGAGAGCUUGGUCAAAAGACCUCUUGAUAAGCAAAAUAUGGGAGAAAUGAUUGUUUCAAUGGACCAAGAUAUCCGACUGGAUACAACACGAGCAAGAUUGUCAAACCUUCUCAAGAGGCAUCGAGAAUUGUCAGACCGUCUUACUAGGGAUUCUGAUAAGACAAUGUUAGAUCGCUUAAACAAAGAAUUUGAAGCUGCACGGAGAUCCCAAAGUCAGGAAGUCUUCUUAGAUGGGGAAGAGUGGAAUGAUGGUUUGUUGGCCACAUUAAGGGAACGGGUGCAUAUGGAAGCUGACAGAAAGGCAGAUAACGGUAAUGCAGGUUUUUCACUAGUUUGUCAUCCUGAAGAACGAAUUACUUACAGAGUGGGAAAUAAGGUGAUAUGUUGCCUAGAUGGAUCGAGAAUUGGAAUACAGUUUGAAACAUCUACUGCAGGAGAAACUUACGAGGUUUACCACUGUGUGCUUGAGAGCAAGUCGUUUUUGGAGAAGAUGAUUGUGCUUGAGCACACAAUUCCUUUCUUUUUGCCGCUAAGUGACUUGGAAAAUGAUCUUCUUUUUUCGAAUGCUAAGAAAUUCAUCGAUAAUGUUGGGGAUCUCCUGCAAGCAUAUGUGGACAGAAAGGAACAGGUCCGGCUUAUCAAAGAGCUCUUUGGACAUCAGAUCAGUGAGAUUUAUCACAGUCUUCCUUACCACAUGAUUGAAUUUUCUAUGGAUGAUUGUGACUGGUUAGCAAUUUCAUAGAUCCAUAUACUUCCUCUUAACUGCUGCUACACUAGAUAUUGAUGUGGCCAUGUUGCCACUUAAAAUUUUGUUUUUAUAACCUUUUAAAAAACCAGAUAUGUUUUGGAUUAUAGCAAGUUCGUGGUGAGCCUUAGAUAUGGAGAUCUUCUGUGUGAACUUCCGACAAAAGUGAGAAUUCUAGUAUGGCCAAUGCAUCAUCUGUCGAAGAAACAGUGUACAAGCCCUGGAAGUCCAGCAAUCCCUGUGCGUUUACCAUUUGCCGAGGAUGCUUUCCGGAUCCAAUCACUACCUGAAGCAUACGCAGAGAUUAUGCCGAACAUGCCGAAUGAAAUUCGGCAAUUAUUUCAGACUAGUCCAAGCUAAAAGUUGAAGCUGUGUGCAAACUUUCUACUUGUCUCGUUGCUUCGUUGUAUGAUGUUUGAUUUUGAUCCUUGUUCCAAACUGUUAAAAUAGUGCUAUGAAGAAUACCUUUUACAGAAUGGAUUUGUUCUGCUAUUCUAUUCCGGUUAAAUUGUGCUGCUUCAUCGAUUAGCCCAUUACUAACUGCUCGAAACAGAAACAGAUAGAUGUAUGAAGUUUUG